AUGGUCCCAACAGAGACUUUCAAGAUCAAAGACGCUUCUCGUCAGGCAGAGCGGCGGCGGCGCAAGUCACAAGGACUGCCAGCCUCGCCGGACGUCGGGGUGCUUGCAGAUAUGGUCUCCUCGCUGCGACACGAGGCGGAGGAACACCUGGGACACGGCGUCCCCUCCGCACUCGCGGCAACACCUAACCUCGCUGCUCUCUACCGCGAGGACAUCGAGGAUGCCUUCGAGUACCUGUCAUUGAAAUUCCUCCACAAUCCCAAUCCACACCUCCCGCUCUUCCGCGAGCCGGCGGCCGUGUACGCCGGCCACGGGUUCGGCAUUUGCAGGCACCCUUUCGAUUCACAUUCGUGCCUGGACGAGCUGCUGAAGAUGCCGGACACCAGCGUCCUCACCGUUCUGUACACCCGCAGUGUCCUCGGCGUCGAAAUUUGUGAACUGGCGUCCGCAUAUCGGUACGUCCCGUAUCCGACAUCCCCAACUUCAAUGGACUUCAGUUUGGGCUCCGACGCGAGGCACGACAAUCCGGACGAAUGGUACUAUUGGCAGGCAGUGCGGGAGAGGGUGUUGACGGCCAUUGCGGUCAAUUGGCCCAACAACAAACCCAGCAAGCUCUUCCUCAUGGGUGAGAGCGCGGGAGACCUGAUGUUCAGAAUUAUACUCGAAGACACGGUGGUUGGCGCGCUGGGGUACAAUCCCGACGCAUAUCCGGGCCAUGAGGUUUUUGGAGCCGCGAGAGGGGCGGCGGUGCUUGCAAGCCGGGGUGGAUAUUUUUGGAACUCAACCCAGAGCCCCCUGAUUCUGGCAUGA